CGCUUCGUAUACCAUACGCGAUCCUUUCGAAACAUGGAUUCGGGGCCAGCGCCUCGAAAUAUCAACCCUCUCCAUCAGUACUACAGCUCGCGGAAAACAUUGCGAUGGGCGAUUUGCGUGGUCGUCGGUGCACUGGCUAUCCUCGCCCUCACCGGACAGAGUUAUGGACCUGAUUCGAUGCGGCGGCCGUCCGGAGGAGGCAAGGCCAAGUUUCUCUCUCCGGCCAAGUUGAUGGAGAGGCCCAUCUCGAAAGACCUCCAGACGGUCCCCAAACUGUUCCACCAGAGCUGGUCGUCGACCGAACUGCCGGCCAAAUUCCAGAGAUGGAGCACGUCGUGCCGACAACGACAUCCCGACUGGGAAUACGUGCUGUGGACGGACGAGGACAAUGACAAGUUGGUGGAGAUGCACUUCCCGUGGCUACUACCGACAUACCAAGCUCUCCCCGGUGUCAUAUAUAAAGCGGACCUGGUGCGGAAUUUGUACAUGUACAUGUUUGGAGGUGUCUAUGCAGAUCUUGACGUCGAAUGCCUUCGACCGUCGGACGACUUGUUCAAGACGUACAAUGUCUCGACGGUUUCCCACGCGAAACCGAGACCGGUGUCGACGUACAACCUUCAGAAGAACGGUCGAAAGGCCUUCUUCGGCAGGAUGGGCGUGGACACGGGCGAACCCAACUCGAUCCCGAACGCGUGGAUGGCUUCGACCCCCGGCCACCCCUUUUUCCUCCUCAUUCUCGAGCACGUCGUGAAGACCAUGCACGAGGGUACGAGCGGAGGGCCGGAGGACACCACCGGACCCGCGGUGCUCUUCGACAAGAUCAACGAGUACCGGAGCGAGGACGGCAGGUUCGCGGGGGAGAGGAUCGACAAGUACGUGUCCAAGAACCCGACGGCGAAACAGUUCACCCCACGGAGGGGCCUGGCCCACUCGGUCGAGGUCCUCCCGUUCCAGUACAUCUUCCCCUACUCGUGGCAGCGGGACGGCGAGGCGGUCCGGGAUGUCUGCUGGGCGACGAGACGGUCCUUUUCCGCCCAACGGUGUAAAUUGCUCCUGGCCACGGAUCACUGGCCCAGUUACACAAUCACCUACUGGAGUCACACCUGGUCCGGAGAAGGUCAUGACGAGAACAAUGUCGAUCAUUUGAAUUACGAUGAAGAAAGGGAAAAGAACAACCACAGAUGAGAAUGCAAGUGAACGAGAGAGCAAUUUCGAGAAUGGUUUCGAGAUGUUUUGUUAUUGUUGGGGGAAAGAAAGAAGAGAGCCAACGAUGACAUGAAACGCCAUGAACUAGAUUUGUAACUGUGUACUGUGUACGACCAAGGCAGGUUAGAUGG